AUGGCUCCGUAUGAAGCCCUAUAUGGUCGAAAGUGUAGAUCUCCGAUUUUUUGGGAUGAAAUAGGUGAAAGAAAGAUCUUAGAUCCGACUACAGUGUUUUGGAUUGAAGAAGCUAAUGAGAAAAUAAAGUUGGUACGCCAGAGAAUCCAGACCGCCCAGAGCCGUCAAAAGAGCUAUGCUGAUAAUCGGAGAAAUGAUUUAGAAUUCACUGUUGGAGAUCUAGUGUUUCUUAAAAUCACCCCCUUGAAAGCAAGUCUGAUGUCUGGAAAGGAAAAGAAACUACAACCAAGGUUUGUAGGGCCGUAUAGGAUUAUCCAACGCGUGGGGAACGCGGCAUACAAGUUGGAAUUGCCACCAAGCUUAUCUCGAAUCCAUAAUGUGUUUCAUGUGUCUAUGCUUAAGAAGUAUCAUCCGGAUCCCUCUUAUAUUUUGCAACUGAAGAGUAUUGAAAUUGAUGAAAUCUUGACCUAUGAGGAGAAACCGGUGAAGCUUCUGAAUAGGAAAGUGAAGGAGUUGAGAAAUAAGCAGAUACCGUUGGUAAAAGUUCUUUGGAGGAACCAUAGGAUAGAAGAAGCGAUUUGGGAAGUCAAAGAGGCAAUUCGAGAGAAGUAUCCAGACCAAUCCCUUAUGAUAGUCGAGUCCAUCAGGAUUCUUAGAAAAAGACUUGUUCAUGAAAAUUUGCUGCAACAAGUUCGAAGUUCUUGGCUUGUUGCAGCAAGUUGA